UGAAAGCUCGUUAGAACAUAAUGAAUCAAAAUACUUUUUGCAUGUAAUCGGACUUUUAAAAAACAAUAAACAAGAAACACGACGCUGUGAAGCUAGUGACGGAUAAAUACAAAAGCUGAAACACUGUGAAUUCGGAAAAUGAAUACAAUGAUAUUGUCAAAUCGUCACAUACAAAUCGAAAACAUUUUCAAAAUUGUAAAAAAAAUGUUUUUAAAAACAGGAAAGAAAACAAAAGCCGAACUUUUCAUCUCGAAUAAUUUAUCAAUUUUUUAGUAAAGUUUGGUAGUGAACCAGCUAAGAUAAAAGUUAAAGGACAUAAGUGUGUUAAUGCCUAGUGUUGUGAUAUUUUUAACUUCUUAUAUAAAUGUGACAACGGUAACAUAAACACAAGGCAGUGAAUUAUUAUAUAAAUGUCUAGGCCAAUAUAUAUGUGUAAAUUAUAUGUAUUUAUGUACAUAUGUGUACGUGUGUAUCACUCUUCUUAGAUAUUAAAAGCCUAUCAAAUAGAAAAAUAUUAUGGUUAUCCUAACGCCCACUACUGGUAAAUUGUUCAUUCGCCUUUUAGUCGUGGUGUCCAUCUUCUUGGUUUUAAACGACCCAGCACGUUUCUCCAAGGCUAAUAAACUAACACCUCAACCUAAUGUGAACCGGGAGUACUACUUACAUUUCCUACUCCGGUGGUGGUUCUACAACAACGAUCAGAGUUACAGCUUAGACAAGAAGCAACGGAAAACAUGGGGUGAAAGAAACGUCUUGUGGUGGCCACGUCUCACAUGGCCCGUGUGGCCAGUGGUCAUCUGUCCUGUUAUGUACGACGAAGAUGGUUAUUCUCACCGUCUGGCCACCUACAGUGCCCCGGAGUUCUCACUGUGGGGCGUGUCUGCCUUUCAAUUUGCGAGGUCAGGAUUCAGAUUUGAUAGGACAAGAAACAGCCUUGUUUGCAUCAGCUGUCGAACGUGCUUAUCAAGGCGAGAUAUUGAGGAUUCGGAUCAACCACAUCUUUGGAAUCACUCGCCUGAUUGUAGAUACAGAUCUGAAGCGAGGCCUUGGGUCAAGUACCAGUUGAGUCAAGAAAAUUCACCUGUAUACCCUGCAGACGACAUUACCGUUGGUCCAGACGAUCGUAUCAGAUUUCCUGCAGACACCAGGCUAGCUCAGAUAGAGGUGGGCCAGGAUAUGGGUGAAGAAAAUGACGACCAUGUUACCAACGAUGAAGAGCUGACGCCCAUCAACGAGAGACAAAGAUGUAGAAGAAGACUUCACCCACAGUAUGACCCAAACCACCCGGGGGAUAUUAUUUUACCCCGUACCCGCUCACGGGUUGAGAGUUCACUUCCGGAGCCAAGAGCUCAACCUGCAGCAACCAAUGACGUGCUACCUGGUGCCAACGAUGAGACUGGACUAUCAGAAGCGACGGGCGGAGAAUAGAGAACAACACUUGAACAUAGGGCUACAGUCAGUGGUGAACAUAGGGCUACAGUCAGGGGUGAACAUAUGGUUACAGCCAGUGGUGAACAUAUCCUUGACAUACGGCCCUAGUGCACGGGGAACAAGUCGUACAUUCUAUUGACAGAAUACAUAGGUCGCCCACAAAGUCAGCUUGUCGGCCAUGCCACUCUAAGGCAAGUUGUGCUCAAGCAAGCUGUAAAAGGUCAAGCAACGCAAAUUCAGACUCGCUGUCCAAAAUAUCAGGCAGUUCUCAAUGUCAGGUUGACUUAAAUAUCAAGCUGUUCACACAGUCAGGUUGUCUUAAUGUCAAGUUGUUAACAAAGUCGGGCUGUCCAAAAUGUCAGGCUGUC